AUGCUGCCUUCCCUGCCAGUCUUGGCUCUCAGCCUCUCCUUAACGCUGGCCUCGGGCCAGACAUUCCAAUUUCAAGAACAUGCCUUCCUUCAGUUUCUGGGUCUAGACAAGGUGCCUUCACCUCAGAAAUUCCAACCUGUGCCUUCCAUCUUGAAGAAGAUUUUCCACAAGCAAGAGACAGCAGCCACCAUUGGAGUCUCACCAGAUCUAUGCUACGUAAAGGAGCUGGGAGUCCAGGGCAACAUACUUCGUCUUCUCCCGGAUCAAGGUUCCUUUUUUCACUCCAAGAACCUUGCCCAAGCCUCCUCUUGCCUACAGAAGCUCCUGUACUUCAACCUGUCUGCCAUUAGAGCCAAUGAGCAGUUAACGAUGGCCCAGCUGGGCCUGGACUUGGGGCCCAACACUUACUAUAACCUGGGACCAGAUUUGGAGUUAGUUCUGUCCCUGGUCCAGGAGCCUCGUGCAUGGGACCGGUCCGUACCUAAACCAGGUAAAAUGUUUGUGUUGCAGUCAGUACCAUGGCCUCAAGGUGUCCUUCACUUCAACCUGUUGGAUGUGGCUAAGGAUUGGAGUAAUAACCCUCAGAAGAACUUAGGCUUGUUCUUAGAGAUAUUGGUCAAAGGACAGAGAGACUCUGGGGUGAAUUUUCAGCUUGAGGACACCUGUGCCAGACUGAGAUGUUCUCUUCAUGCUUCCCUGCUAGUUGUGACCCUUGACCCUGAGCAGUGCCACUAUUCUUCCCGAAAAAGGAGAGCAGCCAUCCCUGCCCCUAAAGUUUCUUGCAAGAACCUCUGCCAUCGUCACCAGCUAUUCAUCAACUUCCGGGACCUGGGUUGGCACAAGUGGAUCAUUGCCCCCAAGGGGUUCAUGGCAAAUUACUGCCAUGGAGAUUGUCCUUUCUCAUUGACCACUUCCCUCAACGGCUCCAAUUACGCAUUCAUGCAAGCACUGAUGCAUGCGGUUGACCCGGCGAUUCCCCAGGCUGUCUGCAUUCCCACCAAGCUGUCUCCAAUUUCUAUGCUUUACCAGGACAAUGAUGACAAUGUCAUUCUUCGGCAUUAUGAAGACAUGGUGGUUGAUGAAUGUGGGUGUGGGUAG